GGUGUCGGGUUACCAGCGCGGGGGCUGUAGUUCGCCUCGAGAACCUUUGCUUUCAGCCGGACUCGGGGACAGCGCAGCGCCCGCCAGAGCCCUCGGCGCUCCCUCCCGCUCGCGGCCUCCGCAACCUUCAAGGAUGGCGCUGGCGGCUUUGAUGAUCGCCCUCGGCAGCCUCGGCCUCCACACCUGGCAGGCCCAGGCUGUUCCCAUCCUGCCCCUGGGCCUGGCUCCAGACACCUUUGACGAUACCUAUGUGGGUUGUGCAGAGGAGAUGGAGGAGAAGGCAGCCCCCCUGCUAAAGGAGGAAAUGGCCCACCAUGCCCUGCUGCGGGAAUCCUGGGAGGCAGCCCAGGAGACCUGGGAGGACAAGCGUCGAGGGCUUAACUUGCCCCCUGGCUUCAAAGCCCAGAAUGGAAUAGCCAUUAUGGUCUACACCAACUCAUCGAACACCUUGUACUGGGAGUUGAAUCAGGCCGUGCGGACGGGCGGAGGCUCCCGGGAGCUCUACAUGAGGCACUUUCCCUUCAAGGCCCUGCAUUUCUACCUGAUCCGGGCCCUGCAGCUGCUGCGAGGCAGUGGGGGCUGCAGCAGGGGACCUGGGGAGGUGGUGUUCCGAGGUGUGGGCAGCCUUCGCUUUGAACCCAAGAGGCUGGGGGACUCUGUCCGCUUGGGCCAGUUUGCCUCCAGCUCCCUGGAUAAGGCAGUGGCCUACAGAUUUGGUAAUGCCACCCUCUUCUCUCUAACAACUUGCUUUGGGGCCCCUAUACAGGCCUUCUCUGUCUUUCCCAAGGAGCGUGAGGUGCUGAUUCCCCCCCAUGAAGUCUUUUUGGUUACCGGAUUCUCUCAGGAUGGAGCCCAGAGCUUGGUGACUCUCUGGAGCUAUAAUCAGACCUGUAGCCAUUUUAACUGCGCCUAUCUGGGUGGGGAGAAGAGGCGGGGCUGUGUGUCUGCGCCAGGGGUGCAGCUAGAGUCACAAUCUGAGGGGGCCUCCUCUCUGCCCCCCUGGAAGACUCUGCUCUUGGCCCCUGGAGAGUUCCAGCUCUCAGGGGUUGGGCCCUGAAAGUCCAACAUCUGCCACUUAGGAACCCUGGGAAUGGGUGACCUUCAUAUGAAGAAGAGGCGCCUCCAUCAGCCUUGAGAAGCAAGAACAUGGUUCCGGACCCAGCCCUAGCAGCCUUCUCCCCAACCAGGAUGUUGGCCUGGGGAGGCCACAGCAGGGCUGAGGGAACUCUGCUAUGUGAUGGGGACUUCCUGGGACAAGCAAGGAAAGUACUGAGGCAGCCACUUGAUUGAACGGUGUUGCAGUGUGGAGACAUGGAGUUUUAUUGAGGUAGCUACGUGAUUAAAUGGUAUUGCAGUGUGGAGACAUGGAAUUUUAUGAUCGGUUUAUUCCAUGAGACUAGACCUUCUGCCCCGCUGUGGCCUUGCUAGGCUGAGGGACUGACUGAGGGACUAAAAAAAAAACUUCUUGGGGCCAGGAGCAGGUGACUCACGCCUGGAAUCCCAGCACUUUGGGAGGCUGAGGUGGGCGGAUCACGAGGUCAGGAGAUCGAGACCAGUCUGGCUAACACGGUGAAACCCCAUCUUUACUAAAAAUACAAAAAAAUUAGCCGGGCGUGGUGUCGGGCACCUGUAGUCCCAGCUACUUGGGAGGCUGAGGCAGGAGAAUAAUGUGAACCCGGGAGGCGGAGCUUGCCAUGAGCCGAGAUCGCGCCACUGCACUCCAGCCUGGGCGACAGAGCAAGACUCCGUCUCAAAAAUAACAAUAAUAAUAACUUCUUGUUAUUAUUAACAGGGUCUCCUGUGCAGACCCGUGUAACACUCUAACUUGCAAAUCCAGAAGCUAGAACAGCUAGAGGGUCCUCACGACAACCAUGAAGGCAGGAAAGCAGGCAGGUGAUUCCUCAGCCCCACUUGUCAGGUGAGGAAUGCAAAGCCAAGGAAGGAAGCAACUGGUCAGAGGGUUCCCAUUGAACCCCGGCCUCCCGCCUCCCCGGUCUCCUGCCUCCUG